GUAUAUGAUUGAAAAUUUUCUUGAAAUGUUUCAAUAUGCCAUGUUGUCAUCAUCCAACCCAUCUAUGCUCCCGCCUGAUUUCAAGGCAGGCCAUCUGGUAUCACAUUUUGUUCUCCCUAGGGACUAGGAAAUGGAAAAUAUUAUUAGAAAUCAGGGGAGGGGUUGACCAACCAUUGAUUUUCCAUUUCAUGCAUUUAAAGUGUAGUACAACUAAAUUGUUACCAGAAACCUAUAUAAUAAUGACGACAACUCAGUCUCUAUAUCUCUCAGACAAUUGCAAAUAUAAAAUUUGAAACUGAAGCAAGCUUGUUACAAUAUCCUUCAGUAAGAUUGAGUUUGUGGUCUCAUUCAUUUAUGAAUAAAAUUGAUUAUACUCAUGCAUAUUUGCAUUACCAAUUGAUUGCCUCUAAAAAUGCAAUUGGACACAGGGAGUUUCUUCUGGAAUCUGCUAGGAAGGUUGGAGUUGAAGGAGCAGCAGAGUUCCUUGAAAACCCUAAUAACGGACUCAAGGAGGUUGCUUUUUCUGAGUCAAUGAAGGUUAAUGAGGAGCUGGAGAAGUACUCAGCAAACAUUUCUGGAGUCCCAAAUUACAUGAUAAACGGAAAGCACCAGUUGAGUGGUGGCCAACCACCUGAAGUGUUCAUGAGAGCUUUUGAAGUGGCAGCAAAAUGACACCUUGAAUCUUAUAUCUUCAAGCUUUUUCACAUGUUACAAAAGCAAUAAAGUGGCUUUCUAACAAACUCCAACGCCAUAUUAGGUGUUUAUGCUUAUCUGUAUCAGGAGUGCAUUUUGGCAAAAUACCAGUAGUCUUUGCGGUAUCCAAUAGUAGCUUAUAUGUACACUCACCCCCUUUCUGUUCUAAAUCCUGCUACUCUCUUUGGCAAAAAACACCUACAGUUGGGCAGUAUAACGUCCAUGACAUGCCAAAAGAGUUUGUAUAUUUCUUGAACAGGGUGUCCCUAAACUUCAAUUUUUUUGUAACUUAUAAGUAUAGAUUGGCUCUAAUAACAGUAAACUUGUUAUAUCAAA